AUGCGAACUUUUCGCGGGGGGGGCGGGGGCGAGGCUAUAGGUGCGAAUCGUUUCAGAACCGGCUCUCCAAAACAAUCCCCUUCCUUCGUUGGGAAAGCAGCGCAGCCAGAAGCGCGCGGUGCUUUCGCCGAGUUCCCCUUCAUCCCAGCGCCCCAUAAUGGGUCGGCUCAGAGGCCGGAACGGUCCGGAGCUCCAAAUGGCCAUUCAGUAAGCGAGCCCAGCCAGCCAGUCCCGGGCUUGGCUCGCUUACCUGUGGAGCAACAGCAGCAGCAGCAGAGCCCGCGAGCUCCGCCGCCUCCCCCUUCCCUUCUCAGCUGGCUUGCAAUGUGUCGAGCCGGACUGGAGGAGGCCCCCGGGUGCCCGGAUGUCUAUCCAAAUUAG